UGGUUGAAUAGCCCUGCACUCGUGUGAAGUACCGAGUUUGAGCACCACCGCGCGGUCUAACGUCGGAACCAAAAAUGGUUCACACUGCGCAUGCUCGAAGAAACACGUCUGACCCGUCCCUAGCAAUCGAUCAGCGAGAGGAAGAUGGCGGUGAGCGAAGUCAACAGCACAGGAUCGAUCGCCGAAAAACUCGAUUGGGGAUUUUCUGUCUAACCGAGACAAGCGCUCCGUAACACAACCCAGACCCGCGUUUUGACGUCGCACUGAAGAAGCGACCUUAUACACGCGAUUCUGUGGUUACAUCCUCGGCCGAAGUCAAAAAGCCUUGAAGGGCAAUGGAGUUCCCUUGGCAUAGUGGGAAGGUUCUGGAGCAGCUGAACCACCAGCGCAAGCAGGGCCUGCUGUGUGACUGCACCUUUGUUGUGGAUGGAGUUGACUUCAAGGCCCACAAAUCUGUGCUGGCAGCCUGCAGCGUCUACUUCCGCACCCUCUUCUUAGACCAAAAGGAUGUGGUGCAUCUCGACAUCAGUAAUGCUGCAGGUUUGGGACAAGUCCUGGAAUUCAUGUACACAGCCAAGCUGAGUUUGAAUCCUGGAAAUUUAGAAGAUGUGAUGGCAGUUGCUAACUUCCUGCAAAUGCAAGAGAUUAUAAACGCUUGCUCCGUGUACCAGUCAGUGGCAAAUCCAGCUCCAUCCCUUCUCUCACUGGAUAUUGUAGGAGAAAAAACAGGUGACGAACAGUCAAGCGAGAAGCGUGACUGUGACCUGGCAGAAGUGGCAUUACAAGCAGAGCAUAGUCCUUCCAGAACACCCACGGAAGACAAUAAUAAGCACACAGAACAUCAGGACCUCACCGAAGAAAAUGAAGACAUUGCUGUUCAAACACAGAAGACUGUUUCUGAGUUGAGCCCCGCCAAAACCCAUCCAGGUUGGGCACGACCUGCCAAAACCGCCACUGCUGCUCAAAGGAGGAUGCUUGUCAAGGAGGAGGAGGAUGGCGCUGCACAGGACGCACCCACAAUGCAGGCUGACGCUUCUGAUGGAGACUACACACCCUAUAAACCCAUCAAGUCAGUCACCACCCCCAUUUUUACAAGCUCUCGUGGUAGAAGAAUUCGAAAACCUCCCCGAAGAAACUUCCCACCUGAAGACGACACAGAUGAUGAAGGAACAAAAAACAAAGUCAAGCAGAUGACCGAGUCAACAGAGGAGACCAGACAAGACCAGGAGGAUGAUUGUGACGAUGAGGCAGAUGAGGAAGACAUGGCAACUGAGGAAGAAACCAAUCAUCCCAUGGAUGCGGGCAAUGUGAAAGAGGAGAGACCGGUUCACUCUACGGGUUUCACCAACCGAUCCGAAUCCAAGCCUUACAGCUCAAUGACACACAAAUGUGAGGACUGUGGCAAGAAAUUCACACACACUGGGAAUUUCAAGAGACAUAUGCGUAUUCACACGGGUGAGAAGCCCUUCACGUGUCGAGACUGCAACAAGGCAUUUUCUGACCCGGCGGCUUGUAAAGCUCAUGAGAAAACACACAGCCCACUGAAGCCAUACAGCUGCUUGACGUGUGGAAAGAGCUACCGGCAGAUCAGUCUGCUCAACCUGCACCGCAAGCGGCACACUGGAGAGGCGCAGUACAGCUGUGAGGUGUGCGGAAAGCUCUUCACUACGUCGGGGAACCUGAAGCGUCACCGGUUGGUGCACAGUGGUUUGAAACCAUACCAUUGCGACUACUGUGAAAAGGCCUUCUCCGACCCCACUGCCAAGAUGCGACACCUGGAGACACACGACGCCAACAAGGGCAAUAAGUGUCCACACUGCGACAAACGUUUCAAUCAGAUCGGAAAUCUGAAGGCUCACUUAAAAAUCCAUAUCGCAGAUGGGCCCCUGAAGUGCAGAGAAUGCGGCAAACAAUUUACCACCUCAGGAAAUCUGAAGCGACACUUACGGGUCCACAGCGGGGAAAAACCAUACGUCUGCGUGCACUGCCAAAGAGCUUUCAGUGACCCAGGGGCUCUGCAACGGCAUGAACGCAUCCACACAGGAGAGAAACCUUGUGUCUGUCCCACCUGUGGCAAAGCCUUCACACAGGCCAGCUCCCUCAUUGCACACGUCCGCCAGCACACUGGAGAGAAACCCUUUGUGUGUGACCGUUGCGGUAAAAGAUUUGUACAGUCCAGUCAACUGGCCAAUCACAUUCGCCACCAUGACAAUGUCCGCCCUCACCAGUGUCAAAUGUGUAACAAGGCCUUUGUCAAUGUGGGAGACCUUUCAAAGCACAUCAUCAUUCACACCGGGGAGAAACCAUUUCUGUGUGAUAAAUGCGGCAGGGGGUUUAACCGUGUGGACAAUCUGCGCUCUCACGUCAAGACCGUGCACCACGGGAAAGCAGGCAUGAAGCUGCUGGCUGUAGCUGGCAGCAGCACAGGCGAGGGCGCCGAAGGCUGUGCUGAGGCGUCUACCUCCGACAGCGAGAUCAACAUAGUAACUGUUAGUGAGGACAUUGUCACACUGGCGACGGGAACCCUGGCAGGCAGCGCUGUAGCUCAGCUAACAGUGGUACCAGUGGAUGCAUCAGUGUGUGCUGAUGAAACAGAAGCUUUGAAAGCAGAAAUUACCAAAGCAGUAGAGAAAGUGCAAGAAGCAGACCCCAACACCCAGAUACUUUAUGCCUGCGAUUCAUGUGGUGAUAAAUUCCUGGAUGCUAGUUCGCUAGCUCAGCAUGUACGCAUCCACACAGCACAGGCCUUGGUCAUGUUUCAAGCAGACUCCGACUUCUACCAGUACACCACAGUCACCACAGCUGAGGGUGAGACCGCCACAGCGUGGACACCCAGCACCGAACAGGUCAUCCAGGAAGAGGGGCUCAUCUUUCAUGGCCAAGAGGGAGAUGCAGAACAGAGGAUUGUGGGCAAGCCACAAGGAGAAGGAGGGGUGAAUCAUGGGAAGAAGGGUAUGGAUGGACAAGUUGAAAUGCUGGGUGAGAUCCAGGCAGGUGAAAAAGUUGAAACUGAGACGGAGCUGAUUGUGUGUGAGGUUCAAGUGUAGUCACUUUUAAAAGGUAUUUGGACUUGGACUAUACUCCAGUGGAUGCAAUACUUUUAAUGGUCCCGAAUGAUGCCGUGUUAGCUCCAUAUCAUUUCAACAUCUUUACAUUUAGACCCAAAUGAAGCUUUGAAGAAAACUAUCCGCAUUAUUUUCCCCAUGGCAUUCAUUUAAUGUAUGAAAAUGUUUCAAGUAUUUUCCUAGAAAUUAAUUGUUCAUAUGUUGUAUGUAUAUAAUUUUUUUUAUUUAUUUUGUUCCCCAAAGUCUUAACUUGUCUGUUAUAAGUUCAAAAAAUCAUCAAGUCUGGGGAAUAAACAGUAAUCACUGCUUGCAUAUUUCACAGACAUUUUUCUUGUUGUGCAUUAAAACUAAAAUUAUCACAUUUCGGAGUUGUGUGAUAGAAAAAAUAGUUUGUACUGGAGAGCACGGUGUACUAGAGGUUAGCAUGCCUGCACCACAGUCAAAAGAUUCAGGUUUGGCUGUUUGUUGGACAUCACUGUGUGGAAUUUUUUCCAGGUAGUCUCGCCUCCCCCCAAAUCCCCAAAAUAUGCAUGUUAGGUUGAUUGGACACCCUAAAUCAGGGGUCUUCAGUUAAAACUUAGUAAAGUCCGUUUAUGCACAUUUUUUCACAGCGAAGAGGCUUAUUUUUCUGGAAAAUAAAACUGCACUGGUUUCUCAGAAUUUUUUAAAAUAAUUUAAUAAGUGUCUCUUUUACAGAAAAACUGUGUGUACAGGUAUCUCUUUAGGUAUGUACUGUAUGUGUGCAUGUCUGCAUGUAUACGUAUAUACUGUAUGUGCAUACUGUAUGUGUAAUUGUGUAAUUGUCACUGAGAACGUAUGAAAGGAGAGGGACUGCCUCCCACUACCCAGCAAGCCCCACCCCACACAGCCAGGCGUAGCCCCCACCACCAGAGAACCACCAGCCCCACGGGGGCGGCCAAAACCAAUGCCGGCCCCCAAAGCCUCCCCCCGGAGAGGCAACCCCGACCAGAAACAGGGCGCCGGCAGGCCGGAGGACAGCCAACUCUCAGGAUGGUCUGCCCUAAUGAUAUUUUUUAUCUUUAUUAAUUUUUCACACGUUUUACAAAAAACUGUGACAACAAAUUGAGAAAAACAAAGAAUAAUAAUAAAAAAUAAGAAAAGACUAAUGCCACUACACACAUCACACAACUCCACAUCUUACUAUAGCCCAGGUGACUGUGCACCCCAUUGCUUAGAGUAGUCCAGUAAAUGUUUCCACAUAUUUUCAAAGUCCUCUGUCCUUCCUCGAGUAAGUAAGUCAGUUUUUCCAACAUGACAUAGCUUGUCAUUUCCUUUAUCCAUAGAUUUAUUGAUGGUACAUUAUUUAUUUUCCAGAAUAGUGCAAUCAGCAUCAGGAUUCCAAAGUCAAUCAAGGUUGAUUUAUUUAAACAAACCACAAAAUCUUUUGGGGUAGAU